GAAACUAUCCUGCUCGAAGCUUACUGAUUGUUGACCUUUACUCCUAAUCCUGUAGAUGAUAACAGUUCUGCUGGGCCCAAUAUCUGAGCCACAGGUCAGGUGUUGGGCAGGCUGCCAGAGAUUAUUCGAGAGGCAUGUCAUUGGAAGUAUUUUAGAGUUUUAAAGUAGUGUACCUCUACAGCCAGCACUGAAACUCUACAGCCAUCACUGUGACUGGUAAUAUCAACUGACCUUCAUUUCAAAGAUGUUUCUACUGGCCAGCAUAACACUGUUGAUCCUGAGAAGUACUACAGUGCUUUCACAAAGCAAUGCCUGUGGUACAGAAUCAACUAUAGUGGUGAGAUUUCCAGAGUCCUUGUCAUCCCAGGCGACACCCUUUUCUGUUGACUUCAUCCAGACCUUGUUGAAUGGACAACCCGCUAACGUGGUUGUUAAUUCCGAACCUAACGAUAGAUUUACAACGCAGUUUUAUCCAUUCAAUGAUUACUUCACCAUCAGCUACAAUACUAUAGUGAAGGCGAUGCAGAUUAGAAUGAUCAAAGGGAUCGACCGAGAUGGCACUACCUCUUCUACAGAAGACGAUGUCAAUAUUCUCCAAUACCAAUUGGUUUGUUAUCCAGAUGUCAGCUCCGUCGCUUCUAAUUCAGCAAUUUUUAAAGUAUUAAAGAUUCAAAUAGUUGAUGUGAAUGACAACGCACCAAUAUUUAUCAAUGCUCCGUACUCUAUAUCAGUUAAUGAGCUCACACCCGUAGGAAUGACUGUGUUUCGAGGAAUCAGCGCCACUGACCUAGAUGAAGGUCCCAAUAAGCAAAUCUUUUACAGCCUAAGUGUUGGCACAUCCCAGUUUAACUUUAACGGGACAGCUUACUUCAAUCUUCCAUCAGAACAAGAUGGUAUUCUGGCUGUGUUGAAUGCGAUAGAUUUUGAAAGCAUGUAUAGAGUAACUUGAGAUGCUUCACUGACUUACUUCAACCUAACUAUUACUGCUAGAGACAAUGCCAGCCCACCAUCAGCUCAGAAAUCCACCCAAACAUCAAUUAAAAUACUUAUUACAGACAGCGAUGAUCAAGGUCCAGAAUUCGUGUAUCCUAGUUGUAUCCAAAACAAAUGGUCCAACAGCAACUCCUGUGUUAGGGCCAAGUAUUCCACUUCAAUCACUUCGGGCAUUGCCUCGCUGAUAAACCCUUUAGAUUUAAUGCCUGAACCACGUGACGUAACCAAUUCAACAGCCAAAGUGACGAUUUUGAUGCAGGAUAAGGAUAAUUUAAACUCAAGUCUCAUUUGUAGGAUAAUUAGAAGUAAGAAUACUUAAUGUGGGAUAAU